AACGAGAAGGUCGGUUGUCAAUACUAUAUAUUAUUUCCUAAAAAGUCUUAAAUUUUAAAUAAGCCGCCAUCAUCUCCGCGUCAUUCUUAUCAUGGCGGAACGAAGUAGAAUGAAGAAUAUUUUCAACACACAUUAUUGAUCUUUUUUGCAAAAAUAUUGAUGUGAUUGUUCCAAAAUUCGGUCACUACGCGACGGGGCUUUCAGGGGUGGGCGGAAAAAAGCGAUGGCGGAGAAUAGAAGUUCGGACAACGUCGUUAUGCCGGACAUUACCGAAGUAAACGACGCCGAUCCCUUGUCGACAGCAGCCGAGCGCAAUGCCGAGUGUUCUGAAGGCAGUUCUGUUUUGUCUGCAGGAAUAAAAACGGUUCGACGUUCGAGUGAUACCAAUGGAGUUGUUACAGUACCCGUAUCUUUACCAGUCGGUACUCUUAUUACAGGCACUACCUUUAACGUAAUCACAUCCGACCAGCUGCAGCACUUUAAGCCUAUGAUAUGCGUGGAUAAUGGUUUCAUAUCAGGUGGAUCAGUACCUGAAGACAUAAAACCGACCCAUAUAGUUAUUCAGAAUACUCCUUCGCCACCACCCAUACGUGAACAAAAAGAUCACGAAACAACAUCCAAUUCUACCACAAGUAGGUCGACUAGUACUCGAUCAUGGGUCGAUACGGCGAAUAUGCCUGUUCUCCCUGUAAGAUGUAAAAAUACUUCAGCAGAACUUCACAAACAGAGAUUAGGUUCUGGAGGUAGAGGCAGAUGUAUUCGAUAUGGGAUGGAAUGGUAUACACCAAGUGAGUUUGAGGCUCUCUGUGGUCGAGCUUCAAGUAAAGAUUGGAAACGAUCAAUAAGGUUUGGAGGCAGGAGUAUACAAGCAUUAAUUGAUGAGGGUAUACUAACUCCUCAUGCAACAAGUUGCACAUGUGGAGCCUGUUGUGAUGAUCAAACUGCAAUGGGACCAAUAAGGCUUUUUACACCUUAUAAAAGGAAAAGAAGAAAUAAUCAGGAUGGAAAUGAUGAAAAAAAAGCAAAAGUAAAACUGGAAACUAUCAGUGAUGCUGAAGUUGAUAAUAUACAUCAGUCAAGCAGCAACAGCCAUUCCAAAGAAGCUUGGCAGUCAAUUGCUGAAGGGUUAGAAACAAAUACAGAUUAUCACCUGCUAGCCAGUCCAGAAGCAAAUCCGGACCCUAUACCAGUUUUACCGGACAUGAACAAAGUAUUAAAGCGGCUGGAAGAUAUUGGGCAGAAUUUAACUCGGCUAUCUAGUGAAUUCAAACAAUGUGUUGAAGAUGUAAGAGUAGUAAGCACUAGGCAAUUAGAGCGCCUGGAACAAGAGCGUACAUCUGCUAUACUUGCUGCAAGUGUAGAUGCACAUGUGGAGGCUGAGCAAGUGUCUUUGCAUAAUGUUGAUGAGUCGGAGUCUAAAAAGGUAUUUCAGUGUGCAAAUUGCAACCGUGAAGCUUCGGCGGAGUGUUCUCUCUGUAGAAGAACGCCGUAUUGUUCAACAUAUUGCCAAAAGAAGGACUGGGCAUCUCAUCAGAUUGAAUGUCUUCGCUCUGUUCCCGCUAUUCACACUGACUCUCAACAGCACCAGUCGAUUAUGCUCAUCGUCGAGAGUCAACAUCAAUAGUAUACAGCACCUGCGCAAUCUCGACAAGAAUCAGUGAUCAAGCGUGUAUGAUAAGAUCACAAUCUUUCGGGUUAAACUGAUAAAAUCAAUAAUUGAUGCAAACGUUUAAAACGAAAACUACUUAGUUGAAUAAUUUUAUAGAAAGUGUACAGUUAAUCGUAAAUAUUUCAUCGGGAAGUGUUGAUAAUAUGGUUGGUACUUAUUACAGGAAUGAAACGGUGUAAGUUGUAAAUUUAAUUAUUUGAAAUGACUGCAGUAAUUAAAGAAGUAACCAUUUAUCUAUGGGUUAUUUAAAAUUGUGUUAACCUAUAUUGGGUUAAAUGUUAUUAAGUUAUAUAUAAAUAGGUCUACUAUUUAUAAAAUAAAAUAUGUUCUGUUGGGUUAUAUGUGUAAAAUAAUUGACUUUGCUUGUUCAGGUUAUUUGAAAUACUGUUACCCAAUAUUUGGUUAAACAUUGUUAAGUCAUGUAUAAUAAUAGAGUCCUCUGAAAAAGUCUUUUUCAUGUAUAUAGGCUGGGAAUAAUUUAACAAAAAGAUUAUAACUUUUGAACGCUCUGUGCGUUUGUUGUAUAUAACAGAAGUGAGCUUCCUAAUUUUGUUGGAAUACAGGUAUUUAGAAUUAUUAAUAUGACUUAAAUCUUCCUUUAUUUAUAAACUUUGGUACAACUUAACAUUUAAAUGAUAUAAAAUGUUGUCUAUACCACUAUGACUAUUAUAAAAAUGAUUUCUAUCUUAUGUGCUAAACUCUUACAUCGUUAAGUUGAUAUAUUGUCAAUGAAAUGGUUAAAUGAAACUAAGUCUUGCCAUAAAUGUUUUUGUGAAAAGGUAACCUAAUGAUUAUUAUUUUGAUUUAAAAAAAUGCGUUUGAUAUUUUGCAGUGUAAUUGGUUCGCGU